ACAGCUGUGCGGGGAAUGUGCAGAAUCCGCGGGCACCGCCAUCGCCCCGUGCCCGAUCCCGACUCGCUGCCGGUACCGGAGCGGGAGGGGAAAAGCGCGGCCUGGGCUGAACCCGCUGUUACCGGGGAAGGGGGGAUCCCGGGGGUCCCGACGCAGCCGGGGGGACCCGCAGCCAUGGCGCAGAAAUCGGACUCCCGAGACUCGGAUAACAGCUGGGUGCUGACGGGCACUGAGGGGCUGCCUGUGGACACGGUGGGGCCGGAGCGGGAUUCAGCCUCCCAAGAUGACGAGAACGAAGAGGAAGGGGAGGAGGAAGGCGACCCGGAUGCCGGCACAGCUGACGGCACUGAGGAUGGAGCCGCGUCCCUGGGUGAAAAACAGCAUCCUGAGGUCGGGGAUGCAGAGGAACGCUCGGAUCCCGAUGCCGGCACAGAACUCCCUCCAUCCGGCCCUACAGAGCUCAGCACCGCGGGGAGCUGGGAGGAGGAAAAGCACAACGCUGAGCCCAGAGCGCGUGCUGAGGGCUGCACAGCAGGGCCGCUGCUGGAGGAGGGGAGCUGCACCAGCAGUGAUGACGACGUGGAGGGGCUGAGGCGACGGCAGGUCCAUCAGCCCCGUGCUGGGACCCCCCCUCCUGCCCCCAUCCCACGCCGUGUGCUGCAAGAUGAAGGCAACGAGGAGGGGCUCAGUGCCAACAAACUGCUGCUGGGAGCGCUGGCGUUGGUGGCUGUGGCUCUGCUGAUCGUCACUGGUGGUUUCUACGACACGGCAGAUGGUCCUGCGGAUGUGAUGAGCCACGAUGCAACAGACGUGGAGCAGGAAGCUGUGCCCGACAACGGCAGCGAUUCCCCACAGAAGCCCCCCCUGGAUGGUGGGGACAUGCGCAGCAUGCAGUCCAUGAGCGUGCUGCUGGACCGCCUGGCCAAGGAGAACCAGGACAUCCGCCUGAUGCAGGCUGAGCUGCAGACCCACAAGGAGGAGCUGCAGGCGCUGCUGCAACAAAGCGAAGGUGCAGCAGCAGCAGCUGGGAAGCAGCAGCAGAGUUUGGCCAAGGAGAACGCCGAGCUCCGUGCAGCGCUGCAGCGUGAGGCUGAGGCACUGGGGGCUGCACGCGCUGAGUUGCAACGCCUGCAGGCCCGGGGGGGUCCCAGUGACCCCCAGCCCCACAAGGAGCAGCCUCACGGUCCCAGUUCUGCAGUGCAUGAGGAGGGGGCCCAGCAUGAGGCACGGCACCGUGGGCUGUUGGAGUCGGUGCAGCACGAGCUGGCAGCUGCCCUGCAGCGAGCGCAGGGUGCGGGGGGGCUGGAGGGGCUCAGAGAGGAGCUGAUGGAGCUGGAGGAGCGCCUGAGCCGGGAGCUGGGGGGAUCCGAGGGGGCUGAGGCGUUCCCUGGGCAUUGGAAAAAGGGGUUCAAGGCAGAAAAGAAGGAGAGGGGGUGGCACAAGAGGGACGGCCACCGCGAGCGGGGCAAAGCCCACGGCAAGGAGCAUCACGGCAAGGAGCAUCAUGGCAAGGAGCACCACGGCAAGGAGCACCACGGCAAGGAGCACCACGGCAAGGAGCAUCAUGGCAAGGAGCAUCACGGCAAGGAGCAUCACGGCAAGGAGCAUCACGGCAAGGAGCCCCGGCCCCACAGGGAGCACAGAGAGGGCAAAUCUGGGGGGAAGUGGUCCCGUGGCCCCCAGGAACUGCCCCCCCUCAGCCAUUCCCGAGCCCCCCAGGGCUGCUCAGGGGUGACCGACUGCGCUCACAAAGAGGGCCGCGAGGCGCUGGGGGCUGCGCUGGAGCCCGUGCAGAAGUCGCAGUUCCUGCAGUUGCUGGAGGGCUUCAUGGGGAGGCUGGGCUGGGGGGGGCAUUUCGGGGGGGUGGCGGCGCGGUUGGACGGAGCCUUUGGGGCCGAUGGGGUUUUCGCUCACGACCGGCGGCGCUUCGUGGACUUCGUGGAGGAGGUGGAGGAGAUGCUGGAGGACGUGGCGCGGCGCGAGCGCGGCGAUGAGGAGGCGGCCGACGGCUUCGAGGAGUUCGUGCUGCAGCACUAUGCUGGCUCUGUUGGGAAGGAGCGUGGCCGCAAAUCCUGGAGGCAGCACGGAGGUGGCAGAUAGAGCCAUGAGGGGGGGUCCCUGCUGACCCCCUCCCACCACCGCCAUGGGCUGUGUUUUGGGGGUCCAAGGGCUGCCGUGUGUGGCCCCCCCCUCCCUCCUUCCCCCCCCACUCUCCCCGAUUGAUGCACUGUGUGAUGCUGCUGCACUGCUGUAGAUGCAAUAAAGUCACCGCUGGGCUGA